CUUUCUGCGAAAUGGAAAGUCAGAGGUGCCAGUACCUCGAUCAGGAGCCAAAUGGAAGCAACAUAGAGUUAGAUGGAUACUUCACAAUAGUUUCAAAAGCUUCAGCUUCGCCUAAAUCGUUAUUCGAAUGCACGAUGCUUUCACCUGAUAUUACGUGCCCUGGCUUUCAUUGCUACGCAAACAUACGCAGGACGUACUUUAGGCACCCACAUCACAUGUGCUACACCUUUGACCCAGUUCAACAUGUGCAUCCGGAGAGCAACUUCAACAAGUGCAAAGCACCGUGGUCAUGGGAACUCAUUCUAACUGCGUCUUGGAACCCCACCGACAUUCUGGCAUUAUCCAAGUCCGAGAAAUUUCCCGUAAUCAUACACAGAACGGAGACCUGCCCUCCGGACAAGCUGUCUUCUGUAACAGCGGAGACUGGAAGAAGCUACGACCUCUCUGUCACUCAGCAAAUUAUCAAUCGUCUGCCGCCACCUUACGCCUCGAAAUGUACAGAUUAUAUGAAGCGUGGGAAAUAUGCGGUCUUCGGCGGUUACCUCACUCAAGAUACAUGCCUUCAAAAGUGCCAGAUGACGCUGGAAGUUCGUAAGUGCGGCUGUGUUGACGCACAGCACGAGUUCGCUGAAUUCUUCGGCGCUUCAGGCUGCUCCGCCAAGCAGCGAUCACGCUGCAUGGAGGAUCUCGCGAGCAAUAAAACGUUCCAGAUCUGCGAAAAGAAGUGCCGGGCACCAUGCAAAGAAGCGUCGUAUGAUGUUCGGUUAACAGGCAUCGGAACUGCGCCGGUGCCCUCGUACUCCAAAAAGGCACAAAAAAAACGAAUGGUUCUGAGAUUAAAGUUCUCUUCCGACACCCAGAAGAUUUUACAUUACCAACCCAAACUUAGGAUUAUUGAGGUUUUCGGUUACCUUGGUGGUUACCUCGGAAUGUGGCUGGGAUUCUCACUUUUCUCCUUCCUCAAAAUCAUCCAAGAAAAACUGGAAGAUGUACUCUUCGGAGCGACACCAAUUAAAGAAGUCACCUCAUUGAUUCCAGUGAUGAGAAAUCCAGCAGGUGUCACAAAGCCAAUUGUGCGGCGAAGAAUGAUAUCAUGACGUGGAAGAAUAUCGUCGAACUUCAGUCUGACAACAGACGUAUGGCACCUGUAAAAUAAAUGCAGACAUGCUUUAUGUUGUCACACACCUUA